AUGGCCGGCACCCUCCAAAAACUCGCCGUCAACAUCUUCUUCAAAUCCCCCCCACCCACCAAAACCGAGGCCGACCUCCCCCCCGCCUACAACGGCCUCGUCUACACGCCGCCCUCGCCCACCGCCCACCGCCCCCCAAAACCACCCAAACCACCACACUCCAACGCCGCCCUCCCCCGCCGCUUUCCAUGGCGCGCCCUUCUCUUGCAGCUCCUCGCCCUCGGCGUCUCCGCCCUCGCCCUCGGCAUGACGGCCUUCGUGGUGUGGGUCUUUGACAACAAUCCGGCGCAGACGUUCCACACGGACAUAGUCUCGGGCUGGUCCACGGCCGUCACGCUGAAUGCCGUGCUGGCGUGGCUGGCCGCCGUGGCGAAGGUGGCAUUGAUGUGGCCGCUCGCCGAGUGUAUUGGGCAGAUGCGGUGGGUGCUGUUUGCGGAGCGGCCGAGGAGGCUGGCGGAUUUUGAGAGUAUUGGAGGUGCGGGGAGGGAUGUGUUUGGGGCGGUGGGGUGGAUCUUUAAAUUCCGGAGGGGCCUGCUCGUCCACUUUGGCGCGGCCCUGAUGCUCCUCUCCCUCGGCCUCGACCCCGCCAUCCAACAACUCACCAGCUACGAGCUCCGCAGCGUGCCCGCCACCCCCGCCACCCCCGCCCGCCUCUCCUCCAACCCGUCAUACACGCCCACCCGGGGCUUCUCCCGUGGCCUGAUCCUCGCCACGCCGCGCGCCCUCCUCUGGGGCGCGACCUCCGCGCUCCUCGGCGACCCCGUCACCACGACCCACUCCUGCGCCUCGGGCAACUGCACAUACCCGGCCGCAACCUCCGUCGGCGUGUGCAGCACCUGCGACGACAUCACGGACCAGCUGACCCGCAACUGCACAACCCUCACAACCAAGAACAGGUACUGCCAGAGCGCGACAUGCUUCACCUCCGGCCAGCUGUGCACAUACACCUACAACGCCACCUCCGCCGGCGGCGGAACAACAUUCCUUUCCGCCAACGCCGAGGGCGCGAAUUCUACUGUCGCUGGAAACACCGUCAUUAUACCUGCCGACAGGAUCGUGUUGACGGCGCUGUAUAUACAGCAGGAUAACGCGACCGCCGCGGCAACACAGAACCUCCCCAUUGCGCCUGGGUAUGUGGCGGAGGGCGGCUCGCACAUGGCACGCGGGUAUGUGUGUGCACUGCGGUUCUGUGAGCAGGCGUAUCAAGCGCAGGUGGUGAAUGGGACGUACAGCGAGACGCUGGUGAAUAGCACCUCUGUUGACUCCUUCGCGCUGCCGGUUCCGCAGCUCAGCGAGAUCACGGACGAGCUGCUGAACCGCCCGCUCCCCAUUGCGGCGAGCGGGAAGACGAACGUCUCCACAGCUGCGUUGUUUGCGAUGGGGAUGGGCCUGGCGGUGAGUUUGAGUGGGAAUGCGACGGUGCUGACGGCCGAGCCGCGGCCGGGAGAGGUGUCGGCGCUGCAUCAGGGGCUGUAUGUGGACCUGCUGACGGCGGAUUUGGCGGGUGUGAUGGCGAAUGUGACGGGGAGUAUGAGUGCUGCGGUGAGGAAUGAGGGGGCGGGCGUGGAGGGCGUGACGCUGGUGGUGGAGAGCUGGAUGGUGGCGAGGUGGGCGUGGUUUGCGUGGCCGGCGGGGGUGUGGCUGGGUGUUCUUGUGCUGCUGGUGGCGGUGGUGAGGGGGACGUGGGUGGGGAGGGGCGGGUGGAUGGGCGGGAGUGCGGUGGCGGGGAUGUUGGUGGGCUUGGAGGCGGGGGUGAGGGCGGAGGUGGAUGUGAUGGGUGGAGGCGUGAAGAGGGAUGAGGUGAGUGGCGGGCUGGGGGCGUGGAGGGAUAAGUGGAGCGUGAGGAGCGUGGCCGAGGAGGUGAAGGUGGGCACGGGGGUGGUGCAGGAGGGCGGCGUGGCGGUAGUAAGGUUUAGGAGGGGGGAUUAG